AUGCGACGACAACUCGACUGGCGAGUCGUCGGCAAUGGAUCGUACCCUCCGUUCCCUCCUACUAAGAAAAGUCAUUGGAAAGCCGACGCCGUGCGACGGAUGCGCGCCUGCUGCUCUAAGAAGACCCUGUUGCGACGAGUGCCCAUACUGGCCUGGCUUCCUAAAUACACGUUUAGAAGCGGCCUCGCGGAUAUUAUAGCAGGUAUAACAGUGGGUCUGACGGUGAUCCCGCAAGCGAUCGCGUACGCGGGCGUGGCGGGACUGCCGCCGCAGUACGGCCUCUACUCCUCCUUCAUGGCGUGCUUCGUGUACACAGUGUUCGGGUCAGUGAAGGACUCAGCGAUAGGCCCGACCGCCAUCGCUGCCAUACUCACGAGGGAAAACCUGCACGGUCUAGGACCUGAGUUUGCAGUCCUGUUGGCUUUUCUCUCUGGAUGCGUCGAACUUGUCAUGGGGAUUUUACAAUUAGGUUUUCUAAUCGACUUCAUCAGCGGACCAGUGUCGGUGGGUUUCACGUCCGCCGCCGCCAUCAUCAUCGCGACCACGCAAGUGAAGGACAUCCUGGGCCUCAGCUUCCCUGGUGGAAAAUUCUUACAGGUGUGGACCGGUAUGUACGAGCAUAUAGGCGAGACCAGACUGUGGGACACCGUGCUGGGCGUAUCUUGUAUCGUAGUUUUAUUACUACUCAGGAAAGUGAAAGACAUAAAAAUCGGUUCAAACGACGCAUCAGAAGACGGCAAGGUCGAGAAAAGCAGCCGGUUUAAAACCGCAGUGUCUCAAGCGCUGUGGUUCCUCUCCACCACGCGCAACAUCACCGUGGUGCUAGUGUGCGCGGCGCUCGCAUACUACUUCGACACUCAGAACAAACAACCAUUUGUACUGACUGGCGAAGUGAAGGCUGGACUUCCACAAAUUGCCCCGCCGCCCUUCUCAGCCACGGUGGGCAACCACACGUACACCUUCACGGAGAUGGCGUCCACUCUUGGCUCGGCGAUCUUCGUAGUGCCCCUACUGUCGAUUUUAGAAAAUAUUGCACUAGCAAAGGUCUUCUCGGAGGGCGCGCACGUGGACGCGACGCAGGAGAUGGUGGCGCUGGGCGUGUGCAACAUCGCGUCGUCGCUGGUGGACUCCAUGCCGGUGUCGGGCGCGCUGUCGCGCGGUGCCGUCAACCACGCGUCCGGCGUCGCGUCGCCCGCCGGCGGCCUCUACACCGGCGCGCUCGUCUUGUUAGCCUUGCAGUAUUUCACUCCAUACUUCUUCUACAUUCCCAAAGCGUCGCUGGCGGCGGUGAUCAUCGCGGCCGUCGUGUUCAUGAUGGAGCUGCAUGUGUUCAAGCCGAUAUGGCGGACGAAGAAGGUGGACAUAAUCCCAGGACUGGUGACGUUCGGCGCGUGCCUGCUGACGCGGCUGGAGCUCGGCAUCGUGCUGGGCAUCGCCGUCAACCUGCUGUUCCUGCUGUACGCGUCCGCGCGCCCCGCCGUGCGCGUCACCACCGCCGUGUCGGAGGGCGGCGUGCGCUACGCGCUAGCGAGCGUGGACCGCGCGCUGGCGUUCCCCGCGGCCGAGUUCGUGCGGCGCGCGCUGCGCAAGGCGGCCGGCGACGCGCCGCUCGUGCUCGACGCGCACCACGUGCAGGCUGCCGACUUCACCGCCGCCAAGGGUAUAAAGUCCCUGAUCGAGGACUUCCACGCGCGCGGGCAGACGAUCAUCUUCUACAACGUGAAGCCGUCCAUCGCGGAGGUGUUCCGCGGGGUGAAGCCGCGCGAGUUCGUGCACUGCUCGUGCCGCGCCGAGCUCGAGCGCCUGCUGCUGGACGCGCAGCGCCGGGCGCGCGCGCGCUCCGCCUGGUCAGUGAGACCAACAAACUGUAACUUACCGAGGACUCCAUUCCCCAAAUAUGUAGAUUCUAUCUCGUUCUCAGUGAAACUAAUGAACCUUUGUUAU